AUGAAAAACGCAAAAAGAUUCAGCUGGUCUGAAUAUUUUGGUAAUGCAGAUAAAGUUAAUCAAACUCAUAAUGGAACAGCAUUAUAUGAUACUACAAGCCCUAAAAAUUAUUACGUUUUUAUUUGUAUCUUUGAAAAUUGUACAGAAAACGGUGCAAUUCAUAUCGAAAGAAGUAACGAUUUAUAUGUAUUACUUGAAGAGUCUGUAUUUAAUAGAUGUAAAUCCACUUCAGGAUCUGGUGGUGGAUCUGUUUACUUUUACGGUUAUUUAGCAGGGCAUAUUGUUCAACAACGAAAUUGUUAUUUUAAAUCAAUAGAUACAAGCUUCUGCAAUGCAUUUUUUCAUAAAGUACCACCUACUAAUACUAACGAAAACUAUGUCUUUGAAAUUUCUGUUUCAGACUGCGGAGAAAGUGAAUCAGAAGGAAGUUACACAUUUUACAUGGCAUUUGGUGAUGUCCAAAUUAAGAAUAACAAUAUCACUUACAAUAAAUGCAAUUCCGGUUCAUCAAUAGUUAGUGACCUUUAG